GGCGCGGGAGUGGAGCAGCCGCCGCGGGACCGACAGACCGAGCCUCGCCGGUGCACCUGCCCGCAGCGCCCGCGGAGCGGCCCGAGCGCGACCAUCUCCCGGAGCGGCGGCUGAGGCGGCGGGGAGCGGGCGCGGCAGGCGGGACGCGGUGUUGAGACAAUUUUACAUGUUUUGGAGACCAGACCAGAAGCACUUCUGAAUUAAGAUCUAAGAUUCUUUGAGGUGGCUUUGAAGAGCACUAAGAUUAGAAGAUGAGUGAACUUGACCAGUUACGGCAGGAGGCCGAACAGCUUAAAAACCAGAUUAGAGAUGCUAGAAAAGCGUGUGCAGAUGCAACUCUCUCCCAGAUCACAAACAACGUCGACCCAGUGGGAAGAAUCCAGAUGCGUACCAGGAGAACGCUAAGAGGGCACUUGGCCAAAAUCUACGCCAUGCACUGGGGCACGGAUUCCAGGCUUCUAGUUAGUGCCUCACAGGAUGGUAAGCUCAUCAUCUGGGAUAGCUACACCACAAACAAGGUUCAUGCCAUCCCUCUGCGUUCCUCGUGGGUCAUGACGUGUGCAUAUGCACCUUCUGGCAACUAUGUGGCCUGCGGUGGCCUGGAUAACAUUUGCUCCAUUUACAAUCUGAAAACUCGUGAAGGGAAUGUACGUGUGAGUCGUGAACUGGCUGGACAUACAGGUUACCUGUCCUGCUGCCGUUUUCUGGAUGACAAUCAGAUUGUUACCAGCUCUGGAGACACCACCUGUGCCCUGUGGGACAUUGAGACCGGCCAGCAGACGACCACGUUCACUGGACACACCGGCGAUGUCAUGAGCCUUUCGCUUGCUCCGGACACCAGACUGUUUGUCUCUGGUGCUUGUGAUGCUUCAGCCAAACUCUGGGACGUGCGAGAAGGGAUGUGCCGGCAGACCUUCACCGGCCACGAGUCCGACAUCAACGCCAUCUGUUUCUUUCCAAAUGGCAAUGCGUUUGCCACUGGCUCGGACGAUGCUACCUGCAGGCUGUUCGACCUCCGUGCGGAUCAGGAGCUCAUGACUUAUUCCCAUGACAACAUCAUCUGCGGGAUCACCUCCGUCUCCUUCUCCAAGAGCGGGCGCCUCCUCCUCGCAGGGUACGACGACUUCAACUGCAACGUCUGGGACGCCCUCAAGGCCGACAGGGCAGGGGUCUUGGCCGGGCAUGACAACCGCGUCAGCUGCCUGGGGGUGACUGACGACGGGAUGGCUGUGGCAACAGGGUCCUGGGACAGCUUCCUCAAGAUCUGGAACUGACACCAACAGCAGCAGGUGGACGCCGCUGUGACUGGAAGACCAUUCCAACCUUGGAGCGUUACAGUGAUAGCAUUUCCAAUCCACCCCUACUAACGCGGACGCCCUGCACCCCUCAGAACUUCAAAAGGGCAAGACCUUUUCCCUUCACUUAUUGCUGAAACCAAGAGCACAAUUCCCAUUAAGAGAAGAAUCUCUGUGCUGUAAACUAAAACAAAUCGUGCAUUCCUUCCGGGACCAUUGUCUUUGUUUUUCUUUUUCUUUUUUUUUUUCGUCUCUUUUCUUUUCUUUUUUUUUUUUUUGUCUUGAAUGAAUUUAAAAGGAAAUACUAUAAUAAAAAUGUUAACCAGAAGGUAAACUUGAGUGUAAUUGUAAGACAGACACACUUUUUUACUAGUUUCUUUGAAUUCUAGAUCAGUGAUCCUGUUUUGUGAUGUUCAUGGAAAACAAGUGAGGACUUCAUCUUGUAAUUGAUUCUAAGUUUCAGAUUGUGUUUGUAACAGGAUUUUGCAGACAUUCAUAUUUCCUUCUUAAAAUAUAUUCCUUUCUGUUCAGUAGUUAAACAGAGAAAGAGGGUCUAGUGCAGCCUCUCUGGAAUUGUUAAUGAUGUAAAUUUAGUCCCUAGUUUUUUUACUUUUCGUCUCGUGUCACAUGAUCGUUGUGUGCACACACGGCAUAGAAGGAUGAUGCUGAGAAGUCAAGGAACAGAGCACGCGCGCCGUGGACGAACAGUGAACACCAGUCAGGCACCUUUGCUCCCCAACCCGCCCUCUCUACCUUCUCAGUUCAGUUUUGAAUCUCACCCCGGGUCUCCUUGUGAAGUUGGAGGGAAGUUUAUACAACAGCAACAGCGCGACACCACCCUGUGCCCCACCCUGACCGCCAGGAGCCUCUGUUCUCAGGCGAG